AACCCUUAUUUCCCUUUACAACUCCAUACACAUCUCUCUCUCUCCUUCCUUACUUGCACUUUCUCUCUUUAAUAUAAAAAAGCAAUGGCAGAAAAGCUAGGUGUCCUCACGUUAUGUUCUGUAUUGAUGCUUGUUUUGCUAGCAGAAAACCUGCAGGCUUCUAACAUGGAACUUCAAGUUUCACAGCUACAGUCACAAGGCAACAAUCAAAUGUAUGGUGUCACACAAGGCAGCCUUCGUCCUCAAGAAUGUGCACCGCGGUGCACCACCCGGUGCUCGAAGACGGCGUACAAGAAGCCAUGUAUGUUCUUCUGCCAGAAGUGCUGUGCCAAGUGCUUGUGUGUGCCUCCAGGCACAUAUGGGAACAAGCAAGUUUGCCCUUGCUACAAUAACUGGAAGACCAAGAGAGGAGGACCAAAAUGCCCUUGAUUACUUCUACUAAUUGUAGAUAAUGGUCUUAAUUUGCUUUAUAAUUUUCGUGUUGCUUGUUAUUUUCUACAUUUCUUGUCCAUUGUUUCUGCUUAAAUAAUGGCAUUAAUUAGCUAGCAGUUUAUUUCUAAUUAGAGGUUGUUAUCUUGCGCUUGUCGCAUUGUUUACAUUGGAAUUAGUUGACCGAACUUUUGAUAAUAUUUUAGAUAAUGUGAUUGCUCUCUAA